UUGUGAGCGGCGUAGAGUGGACGUGACGUGAAGUGUAUGAAAUAGUGUUUUCAGUGAAUGGUCACAGAUCGCAUGAUAUAUUUAUGUUAUGAAUUAAGUGAUGUCGGAGUGAAAGUGAGAGAAACAAAGAGUGAGAAAUAAUGAAAGCGGCUUCAAAUGCGCCCACGCCGCUUGGCCCAGCGCUGGGGCGAGCGCACUUGUCGCAUCUCCCGCAGCGACCGCCUGUCAACUUAAGCUUUCAAGAUUUAACCUACACAGUCAAAAACGGUAAAGUUUCAAAGAUAAUACUACGAGGUAUCAAUGGAGAGUUCAAGUCGGGCCAGCUGACCGCCAUCUUGGGUCCCUCGGGCGCAGGCAAGAGCACGCUACUCAAUGUACUGGCUGGUUACAGGGUGAAUGGUGCGAGCGGUAUAAUAUCGACGAAUGGUGAACAGCGCGAUUUGCGGCAGUUCAGAAAGCUGUCGCGUUAUAUCAUGCAGGAGGAUCUUCUGCAGCCGCUCAUCACGGUACGCGAGGCGAUGGCUAUGGCGGCGGAUCUCAAGCUGGGCAGCGAUAUGGCCGCGCCUAGAAAGGCUGUCAUUGUGGAAGAGAUCCUGCAUUUACUGAGAUUAGACAAAGCAACAGACACGUCAAGCGAGCGGCUCUCAGGAGGCGAGAGGAAGCGUCUUUCGAUAGCCCUGGAGCUGCUAAACAACCCACCUGUUAUCUUCUUAGAUGAACCGACAACUGGUUUAGACGACGUGGCAUCAUCAACCUGUGUAUCCUUACUAAAACGGGUAGCUAGAGGCGGUCGUACAGUCGUGUGUUCUUUGCACACGCCAUCAGCUCGGUUAUUCUCCGUGUUCGACCACGUGUACGUGGUUGCUGAUGGCCGGUGCGCAUACCAGGGUACGGCUGCGGGCGUCGUGCCCUUUCUGAAAGAACUCCAGUUACCUUGCCCCAAGACUUACAACCCAGCUGAUUUUGUGAUAGAAGUAUCGAGUGGAGAAUACGGUUGUCAUGUAGAGAGGAUGGUGACAGCAGUAGACAAUGGAAGAUGUCAGCGCUGGAGGGAGCACCAGGUAGAAGACCAGUACGAGGAGAUGGAGAUCGAGCAGUUAAACGCUGGUGGUGUCCAGGAUCAUACGUACAGAUAUGAGAGCACUCCCUCUACUCAGUUUGUUGUUUUGUUGAAGAGAAUGCUGCUACAGUCGGUUAGGAAUAGAGAUUACUUAUGGCUUCGUGUCGGAAUGCAUCUGUUCCUCGGCUUUAUAAUUGGUAUGCUGUUCUGUCAGAUCGGCUACGACGCUUCCAAGACUAUAUUCAACUUCGGCUUCUGCUACGCUUGUAUCAUCGCAAUGUUAUACGUACCGAUGAUGCCAAUAUUGUUAGCAUUUCCAAAGGAGGUGCAACUGAUAAAGCGGGAGUAUUUCAACCGAUGGUAUGGUUUGAAGCCGUAUUACGCGGCGUUGGUGGUGUCGCGUACGCCUGCGACUAUCUUCUUCUCGCUCAUCUACCUAGCGAUUGUGUACCCUCUGACGUCACAGCCGAUGGAAGCUACCAGAAUAGUGAUGUUCAUAUCAGUGUGCAUUCUCGUCGCUUUGAUAUCCGAGAGCAUGGGCACCGUGAUAUCGUCCAGUUUGAGCGUUGUUAAUUCAGUAUUCAUGGGUCCAGUACUAAGUGUACCGUUAAUGUUACUCGCGGUGUACGGCAUCGGUAGCGGCGACCGGCCGCUGCCGCUGCUGUGGAAGAUGGCCCGCGCCUGCUCCUUCAUGCGCUACGGACUUGAAGGCCUCAUUGUAGCUAUAUACGGACCUCCGAGAGACGACCUUAUUUGUCCCGACCAUGUUGUUUAUUGUGAAUACAAGAAUCCGAAUUACUUCGUGAAACUGAUGGGCAUGACGGGUGUGUCAUUCUGGAUGGACAUCGGCAUGCUGGUGGUGAUGCUGGUCGCGAUGCACGCGGUGGGAUAUUACCUGCUGAGACAGAGACUGUCGCCUAAUUACGCAUUCCGUGCCAUUAAAGUAAUUGGUAGAUUUGUUAAGACCAAAAUUAGUGUGUCUCACUAAAUUUAUGCAGUGAAUGUAAUAUAGGCGUCGCCAUGACGCAACUGUUAUCCCCCUCCAUAGACAAAUGUAUGCAUGUAAUGUGUAAUCAAUGUAAAAUAGUAAUAUGAGUUACUACAAUUCCUAUCGAUCCAUAUUGAUAAUUAUUAGUCGCAAAACAUUAAAAAAAUAGACCACAUGAUUUUAAAUACACUAUUUUAAAAUUAAUAAACAAUUUGAACGCUAGCCCCCUCGAUAGUUGCCCCCUUUAUCAAUGGCUGGAGACGCCUAUAACACCCUUAAAUAGAAAUUAAAUAUUUUGAACUGAAGUUUGUAUGUACUGUGUAAAAUAUCCUUUGCUUGUAAUUAUCUUGAAUUAUGUCUCUUUAAUAUAUUCGAAGAAAAAAUGUAAAAGUAUUACUGGACAUUUAUUUAUUUCAUAUAUUUUUACUCGAAUUAAAUAAACUAAAUUUUUUUAGUUUAAAUUUAUAAAUUAGGUUAACAUGGUAGUUUUUAAUAACAAUGCAUCUUUACUUUACAUUGACUGUUUAAAAUAUUUAAAGAAAAAUCCUUAAAAAUAAGAUAAUUACUUUGUAACAUUGUUGUUAAGAAUAAGUUAAGGUUGUUAAAAUGACUAUACAUUACUGUCUUUAAGUUAAAUACUUAUUGUUACGAUCUGUUUUUUGGCCUUUUUAAGUGCUGUCUCUGAAAAAUGUGAUAAAACCAGGAAUCAUUGGUUAAUUAAAUAUUUUAUAAGAUAAAAUCAUCGAGUAAAUUGCCUAUCAGAUAUGUAGACAUUAUUUUAAAUUAUAAUUGAAAGGCAAGACACCAGUCUGUGAUGUUAUUAUUUGUAAGUUAUCCAGUGUAUAAAACAUUUAAGUUAUUAAUACUAAGUUAACAUACAAAUAGGUUUUGGGAAUUGUAUCUAAUGAUUCUUACAAAGGACAGUGUUUUAUAAAAUAAAACUUCAUAAAUGCA